CUUGAACAUUAUGGAAAAGAUUUAACUGAAGAAGAGUUACGAACUUAUGCUAAUAUGAUGACAAUUCCGAUUGAUUUAUCUUCGGAAGCUAAUAACGCAGAUGAUAUAUUUGAUAGUUAUGAACCACAAUCUAAACAAACAUCAAGCAAAGGUCGUGAAAAUAUGAACUUUGAAGUAUCAAAUAUUGUUGAUGAAGUCUUAGAGAUUGGAAAUGAUAAUAAUUAA